UCGCGGUACGAGUGGGGCCCAUCGUUGCGUCGCGUCGGGUGGAGAAAGCUGGUAAAACAAAAGAGUAACGAAGGAUAACGCGUGGAAAUGAGAUAAAAAUAAAGAUAAUGCUAGGGAGCCAAAAACGAAGGGAGACAAUAGACUGUCGGAAUCUGUGCGUCGAGUCAACGGUCUUUUGUCUGCGUUUCACGGCGUUCACUAAGGCGUCACGGUGAACAGAAAGAAUUGAGAUCCAGGAGAAAAGCGUCACGUACGCGGCAACCGCGGCGAAGAAUCGUUUUUUAACGACCGAUCAUCGAAGUCCAUCCAUCGAAAGAAAGAGUAAUCAAGAUCCAACGGUGUAACAGCCUCCUUCACGGCGGAAUUUGCAGCAGAAUCGUUCUGUAUUAUUAUUAGUUUAAGAAGAUGGUAUCGUCAACAAUAAUGGAAAAUGGGAAAUCCAUCCCAUCAAGGAAAUCUACUAUGGGUAUUGGCCCAGGCAACUAUCGUUUAGUUGGUUGGGAUAUGGAUACUACAGGCAAAAAAGUUAUAGAUGAAAUAUGCCAAAUAGCUGGGUAUACACCUAGUUCUUCAUAUUCACAAUAUGUAAUGCCAUAUAAAGAUCUUAAUCCUCCAGCUAUAAAAAGGCAUAAUAUGAAGAUAGUAACUAUUGGCAAGUUUCGUGUACUUAAAGAUAGUACAACUAAUAAGGCACUAAAAACUAAAAGUGAAGUGUCUGCAUUAACAGACUUUCUAACAUGGCUUUCCUCUAUAAGAGGAGACGCAGCAGAUGGUAUCAUAUUAGUUUAUCAUGAACCACGUAAAGUUAUUCCUGCUAUGUUAAUUGAAUCUUUAAAGAAAUAUAAUCUUCUGGAAAAAUUUAAAGAAAUUGUGAAAGGAUUUGCAAAUGGAUUUAAUGUCGCAGAAGUAAAAUGUGCAAACACAGUUCGUGCAUAUACUCUUAGGACAUUAUCUCAAAGUUUAUUUAAUCGAGAAAAUCAGUUAAAUAAUGCAAAGGACAGAGCAUGUUUGGCUUUACAAAUAGUACAACAUUUGAGUUCACUAGAAGUUACAAAAGGAAAUGAAACAGAUGGUAGUGGUGAUAGUGAUAGUGCCAUGAAAAAUACUGUUGAUUUCAUUAGAGAAUUUGUUCAACCAGUAGAAAUGGAAGAACAAGAAUAUGCAGAAUUAAAAAUAGUAUUUGAACGUCAAAAUACUUUAAGACCUAUUUUUGGGGCCCUAUUCCGUGUGAAUCGUCGAGAACGGCAACAUGCUAGUCCUUUACGUCGAUUGCUUGCCGAAGCAGGCAUAGAAUAUUCUCAAUUACAAGAAGCAUGGAAUAAUGGAAAGAAAGAAGGCUUAGAAAAAUUAAUUAAGGAAAAAUUAACUUCAACUGAAGAAAAGAAAAUCGAAGAUUUAUUGAUCGUCCUUGAAGAUCAUUUCGAUCCUAAUAAGAAACCCAAAUUAAGAAUAUCAAGAGAAAAGAAUCAGAUGAAGAUGGAAAACUCUAUUAUUAAUGAGGAUAAAGAAAAUAAUAACAAAUGUGAUUCAAGUAUCGGAAGUCCGGAUACCACCACUCCUAAUUCACCGCUUAAAAUUAAAUCCGAAUCUUCUGAGAGUAGUACAAUUAUAGCAGAGGAAUAAGAACUAAACAGUUCGCUUCUUUUCUCCAGUGCCUUUUAACUAAUUAUAAGAUCAAUAUUGUUAUCAGUAACUGAGUUUAUAACCAUUCCGUUCAUUCUUAUGAUAACGUUAUUCUAGUGUGAUAAAGUAUGAGUGUUAUUUGUUGCAGUAUUGUAUUUAAGUUUUUAUUUUCGUUAUAACAGAGUAUAUAUUGUAUCCUUGAAGGAUAUGAAACUCGACUUAUUGCUAGUUAACAAAAACAUGUACAAAUAACACAUUAAUUAUUUUUUUAGUUUAUGAUAAAGGAAUAUUUAAUGUUCGUUUUUUUUUUAACGGUUAAUUUUAUGCUCAUUGAUUUUUAUUUAAUCGGAUUAACGUUUAACGUUGUAACAAGUGAUUGUUUAGAGACUGUCGAUAUAGAAAUAUAUUCGGACGCUAAAGAUUUUUUGUUUUUCAUCAUUCUGAGAUUACCAUAAAAUAUUCUUUUUUUUUACUUAAUGUUAGUAAGAUUUACGUAUAGAGUACAGAUAGUAAUAUUUGAAGAAAGAUAUAAUAUAUUUUUGUACGCCAAAAGUUUAAUAAAACGAAUCAUGCACCAUGAUGUUGCAUUUAAAAGUUAAAUUUUGUUGUACUAAACAAUUGAAUAAAAACUUUGAAUUACAA